UUUAAAUAUUUGCAUAUCAUAUCAAAUUAGGCUAUUUUAAAUGGGAAGUUAUAUUUUAAAUGGGGAGUUAUAGUUCACACGAGACAUUUUUAUCUGUAAACUCUGAUGAUAACGAUGGAAAAAGUUACUCCGCAAAGUUUGAAAACGGGUAUUUUGCUGAAGGCGCAUGUCGUUAUGCAUUUUUUGGUUUACUUUCGGGAAAUGGAAAAAGAAAUGGUCAGAAAUGCGUGGCAAAAGUGUUUAAAAAACAAUAUGCUAAAAACUUCAUUAUGUGGGCACCAGAUCUAGCUGCAAGUAAGAAAGCUAAUGGUUUUGCUCAAGAGUUCCGCAGAAAUUAUGCCCACAAAAUCAAGCACUUUAUUCAGGGCAAUAUAGAAAUAGAAUUUUUGAUUCCGCUAAUUGCUAAGAUCGAAACAGUAUCUAGCUUUUGGCUGUUAUGGCUUAUUCCAACAGGUUCUGAUGACAGAUUUGUUAAACCAAAUACGUACGUUGCAAUUGAACCAUACAUCCCAGGUAACUAUGACAAGUUUAAUUCAAAUGGAGGUUAUGAACAGAAUAUACACGAGUUACUGACAGCAUUUUGUCAUUGGACUUGGUACAUUAGCGGACACAAGUAUAUGGUUUGCGAUCUUCAGGGUGUGUAUUCGAAAGGAAAAUAUAUCCUCACUGAUCCAGCUAUUCAUUCAUAUGAUCAGCAGUUUGGGCCAACUGAUCUUGGUACAUUGGGUAUGGAAAAGGUUUUAGGAAACCAUAAAUGUAAUGCUAUUUGCAGAGUACUUGGAUUAGAUAAUCCUAUGAAAAACGUAUAUGUUCGCCCUGGUCAAAGGCCUACGACUUACUCAUUCCAAGUGACAGAAGAGAUGCUCUUAAGAAAGGCUCAAGGUGGAAAAAGCAACUAUUUUAAAUUUUUAGACCCAAUUUUUGAAUAAAUUGUUUUAUAAUA